GUACGUUCCUAAGGGAAGCGAGCGCAAGCAAACAAGCUAACGGAGCCCAGCAACUCGUUUCCAAUGGUUACAGCUGAGCCGAGUCGCAGCAAUGCAUUGUGGGCAAUGUAGUUUCUACAUUGGCACAUGAAAGGCUCUGACCCGACAUUUUCACUCCAGCAGUGUGGGCUUCACUGGACCACAUGUGAAGAUGUCCCUUGUUAAAGAGGAGUGUGAGGAUGUCAGUGUGAUGGAGGCAUCUGGACUGAAGACAGAAGACAAGGAGAUGAAGGAGGAACCAUUAUUUAAAGACACCGAAGAGGAAUGUAAACCAGAUGUGAAGCCAUUUCCAGAAGAAUUUAGCGCACAGAUAUCGGACCUGAACACUGAGCAGGAAACAAGCUUCAGUGUUGCUGAUGCCUCCCACCUGAAAGAGCACCAGCAGCAGUUGGACAUACAUAAAGAACAGAGACCUUAUCAGUGCUCUCACUGCGAGCUGAGGUUCCAGUACAUGUCAACUCUAAGGCGGCAUGAAAAGACUCACGCUAGAAAAAAGGCUUCCACCUGCUGUGAGUGUGGGAAGAGCUUCUCCUCUGCGAGAUCUCUCAGAUUUCACAUGGACAUGCAUGCAGGAAAAGAGCAUCAUCAGUGCUUGCAGUGUGGUUGUCUUUUCAGCAGUUCACCACAGUUAAGACAGCACAAAAAGACUCACACACAAAAGCCUUUCACCUGCUCUGAGUGCGGAAAAGGGUUCUCAGAUUCAGGCUGCCUUAAAACCCAUAUGAGGACUCAUACUGGAGAAAAGCCUUUCAUCUGCGCUCACUGCGGGACAGGGUUCACCACUUUAGGCGCACUGAAAAGCCACCUGUACCUUCAUACAGGAAUCAAACCUUACAAGUGCCCCAUAUGUAGAAAGACGUUCACACAACUUUCAUGGUUAAAUGCACACCAAAGGAUUCACAUUGGGAAAGACACUUUUACCUGUUCUCAUUGUGGAAAGACCUUCAGGAGGAAGAUCAGCUGUGAAAUCCACAUGAAGGUUCAUAGCAGAGAGAAGCGUGUUACCUGCUCUGAGUGUGGAAAAGGUUUUACAAGAUCACGAUAUCUUAAAAUCCAUGUCAUGACGCAUACUGGGCAAAAGCCGUUUUCCUGCUCCGAGUGUGGAAAAAGCUUUUCUGACUCAAGAAACCUUAAAAACCAUCUGAUGAUUCAUACCGGAAAAAAGCCCUUUACCUGCUCCGAGUGCGGAAAAAGUUUCUCCUAUACACGAACCCUCAAAAAACACAUGUUGAUUCAUACCGGAGAGAAGCCCUUCACCUGCACUCAUUGUGGAAAAGGUUUUUCAGUGUCUGGCAGCCUUAAAGCCCACAUAAUGAUUCAUACUGGAGAAAAACCUUUUACCUGCUCAGAGUGUGGGAAAGGUUUUGCAAAAUCAUGCCACCUUAGAAGACACGUAAUGAUUCACACCGGAGAAAAAAGGUUUACCUGCUCUGAGUGCGGAAAAGGUUUUACAGAAUCGAGUAACCUUAAAGUUCACAUGAUGUUGCACACUGGGGAAAAGCCAUUUACCUGCCUUCUGUGUGGAAAGGGGUUUUUGACGUCAUCCUGCAUGAAAAACCACUUGAUGAUUCAUACUGGAGAAAAGCCUUUUACCUGCUCGGUGUGUGGAAAAGGUUUUUCAACGUCAUGCCAUCUCAAAAGCCAUGCAGUGAUUCAUACUGGAGAAAGGCCGUUCACCUGCUCUCAGUGCGGCAAAAGUUUUGCGAGAUCCAGCAACCUUCAGUCCCACAUGAUGAUUCAUACUGGAGAAAAGCCUUUUGUGUGCACUUAGUGUGGGAAGGGUUUCUUUAGGUUGCUUGACCA